AUAGAGUCAACUUACUAACAAUAAUUGUAUAGUGUAUAGUGCAUACACAAUUUGAAAGACUAUUAAAUAUUUCUAUAAUCAAUCCUUUUUUUGAUUCAUUUGCAUAAUCAAGAAAAUGGUAGAAGAAAUCAAGAAAAUCAUCAUUGAUACUGACCCUGGAAUUGAUGAUGCAAUCGCCAUUUUCGUGGCACUUCAAUCUCCUGAAAUUGAAGUAAUUGGACUCACAACAAUAUUUGGUAAUGUUCAUACAACUCUGUCCACCAGAAAUGCUUUACAUCUGUUGGAGAUAGCUGGGAGGACAGAUAUACCAGUGGCUGAAGGCCCACACGUUACAGUCACCGAAGGCGUAAAACUUCAAAGUAGCGGAUAUGUUCAUGGCACGGAUGGACUCGGGAACCAAAACAUUUCUCCACCCAAAGGAAAGCCUAUUGAACAGACUGCAGCUGAAUUUCUCAUUCAGCAAGCUAGUCUUUACCCUGGAAAGGUCACUGUUGUGGCCUUAGGCCCCCUGACUAAUAUGGCACUUGCUAUUCAGUUGGAUCCUGAAUUUUUCAAAAAAGUCGGUCAAAUUGUUGUUCUUGGUGGUGCUUUUGCUGUAAAUGGAAAUGUGAGUCCAGCAGCUGAGGCAAAUAUCUUCAAAGAUCCAACUGCUGCUGAUAUUGUAUUUACAAGUGGUGCUGAUGUUCUUGCUGUUGGAUUAAAUAUUACACAUCAAGUUGUCCUUACUGAUUCUCAUCGUGGCGAAUUGGCAAAGUCCAAUGGAAAAUUUGCCAAGUAUCUCAGCAAGCUUUUGGAUGUCUAUUUCGAUUAUCACCAUACUGCAUACAACACGAGAGGUGUCUUCCUUCAUGAUCCAACUGCCUUACUUGCUGCUGUUAAUCCCUCACUCAUCACCUAUUCAGAAGGUGUCGUUCACGUUCAGACUGUUGGCAUCACAAAGGGUCUCACAAUCUUUUAUAAUAAACAGAAAAGGGUUGUUGAAGUCACUGAAUGGUCUGGAAAACCCGCAGUUAAAGUGGCAGUAACUGUUGAUGCUCCUAAAGUUAUCGAAUUGGUGAUGGCACGCUCGUCAAUUCUUAGAAGUAUUCAUAUGCUACUAUAAGAACACUUAUUUGAACAAUGUUAUUGUCUUUCUGCACUCAAUAUUCAGAAAUCUCAUUCAGAAACUUAACUGCCCCCUAAAGAGGUGGUUGAUGGGAAGGUUGCAGUAUAUAAGCUAUGAAUUCGGGUUA